GGGACUCUCAAUAUGAUAAGUGUCUCUUCACAUGAAAUGGUAGAGAAAGAGAUUUGCAAUUAAUCACGAGUCAUGACCCCUGCCAAUAUAUAUAUAUAUAUAUAUAUAUAACAGUAUUUGUGUGAAUACAUGAAGGAAGCUCUCAUGAGAAAAAAGGAAAAGAUAGAGAGAGACAUUAAAGAUGGUAAGGUUCAGUUCAAGUUGUGGCGAUUCAUACUCCAUUUGCCGGCGGUUUCUGCUUCCAAUUCUUUUAUCACUUCACAUUUCCUGUCAGCUUGCAAGCUGUGGCUCCAUAGUGCGGUUCCUUCCUGGCUUCGAGGGACCCCUUCCUUUUUUGCUUGAAACCGGGUAUGUGGGUGUGGGAGAAACAGAGGAUGUGCAGGCAUUCUACUACUUCAUUGAGUCAGAGAGUAAUCCAAGGGUGGAUCCUCUCAUGCUUUGGCUAACGGGUGGUCCUGGUUGCUCAGUGUUGAGUGGCCUUAUGUUUGAAAUAGGUCCACUUGCAUUUAAAAUAGAGGAAUACAAUGGGAGCGUGCCUAAUUUGGUCUUGAGGUCACACUCGUGGACAAAGGUGAGUAGCAUUAUAUUUGUCGAUAUGCCUGUUCUCACAGGCUUCUCUUAUGCAAGAACAAACUCUAGUGCCCAACGAAGCGACUUGUUACUAAUUCAUCAAGCCCAUCAAUUUCUCAGGAAGUGGUUGAUUCAUCAUCCAAAGUUUCUUUCAAAUGAAGUUUACAUUGGUGGAGAUUCAUCCUCUGGCAUUACUAUUCCGGCAAUUGUUCAAGAAAUUUCACAAGGAAAUGAAAAAGGACUCAAACCGUGGAUAAAUGUCCAGGGAUACCUACUGGGGAAUCCAUCUACUUCUAUAAGGGAACCAAAUUAUCAAAUUUCCUUUGCUCAUGGAAUGGGACUUAUUUCAGAUGAGCUAUAUGAGUCUCUUCAAAGAAAUUGUAAAGGAGAGUAUAUAGAUAUAGACCCCACAAAUAUCUUAUGCUCGAGAGAUAUCAAGUCGUUCAAUGAGACUAUGUCAGGAAUUAACAGUCAACAUAUUUUAGAACCGGAUUGUCAUGAAUUCUAUUUCAUUUCAAAGCGAAGAUCAUUAGUUCAGAAAUAUCCCUGGAAGAUUCUCAGCUCUUAUCACAAAUUGCCACCCUUAUGGUGUCGGAUAUAUGUGUAUUUCCUUUGCGAAUUUUGGGCCAAUGAUGAUAAUGUUCGCAAGGCACUUCACAUACGUAAGGGAAGUAUAGGGAAAUGGCAACGUUGUAGCUAUGACAUACCUUUCGAGGCGUAUAUUACUAGCAGCUUUGAGUUCCAUGUAAAUCUCAGUAGAAAAGGCUAUCGUUCACUGAUAUACAGUGGCGACCAUGACAUGACGGUGCCUUUCUUGUCGACUCAAGCAUGGAUAAGAUCUUUGAACUACUCCAUUGUGGAUGAUUGGAGGCAAUGGUAUACAAAUGGCCAAGUUGCCGGAUAUACAAGGACAUACUCCAACCGGAUGACAUUUGCAACUGUAAAGGGUGGAGGACACACAGCACCAGAGUACAAGCCUGAAGAAUGUUUAGAAAUGUAUAGUAGGUGGUUGUCUAACAAGGCUUUGUAAGAAUACAUGAGGACUACUGAUGUCACUGGCAAAGCAACCAGCAUUAUGAAUGAUAAGGAUGAGGAGUCCCAGAUGGUGAAUGGUGACUGAGUUUAAAAACUGAAGUUGCACUCAUCGUUGUUUCAUAGAGUAAAAAACAUCGAUAGUCAUAUAUGUUGUAAAAUUUUCAGCAAUUUCCUUUUAUAUAAACAAUCAUGUAAUUAGUGAGAAAAUGAUCUUCCAUCUCAGGGGCGGAGGCAGGGGGUGACUGGUGUAUCAAAAUCCUUAAGAAAUAAGAACCAUGGUAAAAUAUAUUUAAUAGCCCCUGAAGUCCGUAGAAAUAAGUUUUUUUUUUGUCAAAGCUGUAGAAAUAAGUUGAAGUUUUUUUUUUGGUCAAAAAAAUAAGUUGAAGUUGGAAGGGUUGUUGUUAACGUUAGAAGCCCAAUAUUAGUGUUUGUCAUAUGUUGAAUCAUUUUGUGUAAUAAGCCCAACGAGUUUAGUGUUUGCUUUA